CCAUGAUCUGUGUACUGUGGGAGACCGAUAUAGUGAAUGCAGGGUCCGGGGAGAGCGGAUAUAGUGAAUGCAGGGUCCGGGGGAGAGCGGAUAUAGUGAGUGCAGGGUCCGGGGAGAGCAGAUAUAGUGAAUGCGGGGUCCGGGGAGAGCGGAUAUAGUGAAUGCAGGGGUCCGGGGAGAGCGGAUAUAGUGAAUGCGGGGUCCGGGGAGAGCGGAUAUAGUGAAUGCGGGUGUCCGGGGAGAGCGGAUAUAGUUUUAAUGCGGGGUCCGGGGAGAGCGGAUAUAGUGAAUGCAGGGUCCGGGGAGAGCGGAUAUAGUGAAUGCAGGGUCCGGGGGGA